AUGGCCAACGUUCAAGACGCAAUAUCAACUCUUGACAUGGCUGGGAGACAACAUAAUACGAGGCGUAUACCUGAGGCUUUUUCUGAGAGACAAGUUGGCCAGGUUUUGGCCAUAGAAGAUUCCAAAGUUUAUAAAAGUUUUAAACCGUUACGUGUUGUUAUGGCAAUAUUUGGACUUUACCACGAGAGAAAGAGUGGCACCCAAAUUCACGAUGUCUCGGCGAAGAGGGGCGAACCAGGGAAGCAGAAAGUGUCCGCUUUACAAGUUUACAGUUUCAUUGCUGUGUCCUAUAUGUGGGUACAUUUCAUAGCACGUGGACUGGUUGCAUUUGAUGGCAAUGAGAGUGUAGCAAACUCAGAACUUUAUUAUAAAAUUAUGCUUGCGGUUUGGUACUUGAUUUGCGCUCUUCAAGCUACGUUCUGUUACUGUGCUUGUCAUUACAACGACCGGUUACCAGCGAUCUGGAGGGAAUGCGCCCGGUUGGAAACAGAUCUUCCUAGCGUCAUGGAGGCAAUAAAACUCGAUCUAAAGACAAAAAUUGCAGCAGCAUUUGUGGUAUUUUAUAAUGCCAUUAACAUUGUUUAUAUGGUUUACUUAAUGGCAAAUGAAUUAACGCCGGUAUUUCUCUAUCCUCCGUUUCACUACGUUGUGAAUGUCACAGUCCCCAGCACCGAGGUUACUAUACUGAAUGUAUUUGUGGCAUUUAGUGCAUUUUACACGGGUCUGGCUGCUUUUGUGCCAUAUGUCAUUAACAUAUUAUUCUGUAUUCUGUUUUACACCCUGUUUAAGGCAUUCAACGAUGAAUUUAAAGAGGAAGUACAACAAGCACUUGUUACAGGUGAGCCUCUCCGUGUGGAGUUCCACCGUCGCCGUCAUCUGAAACUUUGUAAAUUAUUCGACAUUGCCGAUAGGAUGUUCAGCUUUUUUCUGGCCUACGUUUUGGUUUUAAAUACAGGACUUUGUUGCCUCAUAUGCUACAUGUUGAUUUAUCAUUUGGACGAGGUGGCCGGUACACCCCUUGACAUAUUGGUAAUGGCAUCUUGGGUAGUGCAGGUCGUAAUGCAACUGGGCGUCGUUUCCAUUGGGGCAAUAGUUAACGAUCAGGCACAUUCCCCACUCUUGGAGCUCAACGAGGCUCAGUUGGACAUCAUACCCGAUAACCAGUUGAUUCCGUUUCAGAUGUUCUUGAACAAGCUUAGUGUAACUCCAAUAGGAUUUAGUGCACUGGGGAUGUUUACAAUGGAUAAACCUACCAUUUUGACGAUAAUCGGCAUGUUCCUGACUUACUUCUUUUUGAUGAUCCAGUUUAAACCAUCAGAUGUCACUGUGCCCUGUGCUGGGAAUUUUACGGCCACUUGACCAGAAAUUAGAAAUAGCAAUACUAUAUUAAUGGGACUCACAAAAAUUGGAAACCCACGAGACAUUUAGAGGAUAUCAGAUGGAAUGAAAUAAUGCUUGAAUGCUUCACAAUUGUAGUUCUGUUUUAUUGCAAGCUACAAACAAGUGAAAUAUAUUUUGGAGAAUUCAUUGUCACAACAUUUCAUUAUGGUUACAAUAUUAUAAGUUACCAUAUUCUGCUCGUUGUAAUUAAUGUAACUAUUAAUAAAAUACAAUAGCUUAGCUAGUGGAUAGUGACUAGUGUCUAGAAUGAGAGGAGAGAUGAC